AUGUUGCUGAUACGCAGGAGUACACUAGAGGGAAUAACAAGAACCUCCGUCCAUGACAACAAAAGCUGGAGCUUCUUGAGAAUGGCUAUUGUCUUUCUAGCGGAAGCUGAGAGGUGUACGAGGACAACUUUGCAGGUUCAUGUUGUAAUGCAGGUGAAGAUAUGUUUGAGCAGCAAAGGAGACGGUCUUAUACCGGAUGGUCGAUGCUGUGGUUUAUUCAAAACGACUUAG